UUUGGUCCGCCUCAUCGCGAGUGAGGAACGUCAGCCGUGUCCUAUUGGGACUGUGAACCUGAUCAACCUCUACCGCAACAGGUUAUAUUUACGUAUGCUUUAAUGGGAUAUAAAACAUGUUGGAUAGCCGAAUUGAGUCUUGAAGGUGAACUACUACAACAUGGACGAUGUCUGAGAGCUAGCCAGCCGAGGAGCGGAGCCCCCUCUGCCCCUGCUCCUCACCUGCAGCCAUGAAUGGUGCUGUCAGUAUGUGGGCCAUCACUUCAGAGGAGAGAGGGAAACAUGAUAAACAGUUUGACUCUCUCACGCCCAUCCUUGGCUAUGUGUCAGGAGAGCAGGCGAGGAAGUUCUUCCUCCAGUCUGGCCUCCCUGCUUCUGUCCUGGCUGAAAUCUGGGCUCUGGCCGACAUUGACAGUGAUGGGAGGAUGGACAGACUGGAGUUCUCCAUCGCCAUGAAGCUCAUCAAGUUAAAAUUGCAGGGGCGCAGCCUCCCUCCUGCUCUGCCAAUCAUCAUGAAGCAGCCGCCCAUCUCCAAUCCAACCUCCAUGAUGGCAUCAUCAGUCCGCUUCGGCAUGGGCUCCAUGCCAAACCUGUCUAUCGGCAUGCCAAUGAUGCCAGCCAUGUCCAUCCUAACACCCAUGCCCGUCAACCCCUCCAUACCCUCUGUGCCCCCCCUGGUGACCCCAGGUAUGACCCUGCCCCUGAUACCACUCUGCACCACAGGACUGCCCAACGGCAAUGCCACCCUCUUCACCUCCUCGGCGCUCUCCACCACAGCAGCUCCCCCUGUCUCUGGCUUCUCCUCCCCGAUGGCCUUCUCUCCAUCCACGGGAAUGUCCAAAGCCAACUCCCUCCUAGACCUGGGCUCCAGCAGCUCUAACUCGUCCUCCACCACCUCUCUGGCCAGCAACUCCCCUAAGACGGGCUCGUGUGAUUGGGCGGUGCCCCAGGCCUCGCGUCUCAAGUACCGUCAGCAGUUCAACGGGCUGGACAAGCUCAUGAGUGGCUACCUCUCAGGACCUCAGGUUAGGCAUGCUUUGACAGCCUCCCAUCUAACCCAGACCCAGCUAGCUACCAUCUGGACCCUGGCCGAUGUGGAUAAGGAUGGCCAGUUGAGAGCUGAGGAGUUUAUUCUGGCCAUGCACCUGGUAGACAUGGCCAAGACUGGACAUCCUCUGCCUCUCACGCUGCCUGCCGAUCUGAUACCCCCCUCUCUCAGAGGAGGCAGGUCCACUGAGCUAGUGAAUGGAACUGUGCCCUACAUCUCCACUGGACUUAUAGAUGGACCUGAGCCUUCGGAGAGCACUCAGAGGCCCAAGAGCAAUGUGUCGUUUGAGGACAAGCUGAAGGAGAACUUUGUACGGGGCAGCGCAGAGCUGGAGAAACGCAGACUGGCUUUAGAGGGACAGCAGAGGAAAGAGAGAGAGAGGAGAGAGAAGGAGAGGAAGGAGGCGCAGGAGAGGAAGGAGAGAGAGGCGCGGGAGCAGGACAAUAGAAGGCGUCUGGAGGAGGAGAGGAGGAUGGAGAGACAGAGGGAGUUGGAGAGACAGAGGGAGGAGGAGAGACUCAGAGAGCUGGAAAUGAAGGAGGAGUUGGAACGCCAGCAGAGAGUGGAGUGGGAGCGAGGGAAGAAGGAAGAGUUGGGAAAGAAGAAGGAAAGAGAGCUGGAGGAGAUUCUGAAGCUCCGUGCCAAGAAGAAGAGUCUGGAGAUGGAGCUGGAGGCUGUGGGUAGCAAGCACAAGCAGAUCUCCGACUGUCUCCGUGACGCCCAGAGCAAGAGGCGUAUCCAGAAGGCGGAGCUGGACCUCGUCAAUCAGAAGAGAGACGGGAGGAUCUCUGAGAUCAACACCCUCCAACUGCAGUUUGAGGACUGCCAGAGGAAGCUCUCCCAGCUAGUGCCAGAGCAGCAGAAGCUUAAUGAGACACUACGCAACAUAAACCUCAACAACCUUCCCUUGGAGACUCUGAGUUCUGUGAGCGGGGGCAUGGCGGAGAAGGGCGUGGCCUGCAGGAGGCUGAAGGACCAGCUGGAUACCUUGGAGAGAGAGACCACCAGCAAGCUAGCCCUGAUGGACCAGUACAACAAGGAGAUCACGUUUGGGGACAUGGAUGACUGUGUUCUACAGAGUCUGCUCUCUCUGCUGGGCUGUCUCAGCCAACUGUUCCUCCUCAUCAAGGAGCUGAGGGAGAAGCAGGGGAGGCAGCAGGUUGUGCUGGAGGAUCUCUACAGAGUCAAGGAGCUCAAACUGAGAGAGCUGGAGAAGCGUCGGGUCGAAGAGAAGGAGAGGAAGAGGAGAGAAGAAGUGGAGGAGAGGAAGAGGAGGGAAGAGGAGGAGGCCGCCAGGCUGGCCAAGCUGGAGCAGGAUCGGAAGGAGCAGGAGACGAGGGAGCAGGAGAGGAGGGAGCAGGAGAGGAGGGAGCAGGAGAGGAGGGAGCAGGAGAAAAGGGAGCAGGAGAGGAGACAGAGGGAGGAGGAGGAGGCCCGUCAGAGGAGACUGGAGGAGGAGCAAAGGGCUAAGCAGAGGGAGGAGGAGGAGAGAGAGGCGCAGGCCCGUCUGCGGGCCACCCAGGAGCAAGCCCAGGAGGAGGAGAGGAAGAGGAGGAGGAAAGACGAAGAGGAGGGGAGGAGGAGGGCUGUGCAGCUGGAGACAGGAGGAGCCCAUCCCUUGAUGAGUGCCCAGAGGUCAUCGACCCUGGUGACCUACCGUGCCCUGUACCCCUUCCCGGCCCGCAAUGCAGACGAGCUCAGUCUGGAAGCAGACUGUCUGAUAGAGGUGGACCAGCAGACUACUGGAGAGCCAGGCUGGCUAUGUGGAAGUUACCAUGGGAACAGGGGCUGGUUCCCUGAGAGCUAUGCCGAGAAAUGCCCUGCCCCCGAAACAACCCCUGGCCCUGGAUUGGCCCUUCUACCCCCCACCUGCCCCCCUCCACCACCCACAUUGGGAAUACCAGCCCAGGAGGCAACAGUUGCAGGCCCAAACUCCUCCCCAAGCCCAGGCCCCUCCCCCUCAGACUCCUCACAGUCCCCUGCUCCCCUCCUGGCCAGAGCUCUCUCCUCCUGGUCGGCCUCCUCAGACACCCAGCUCAACCUCACCUCCAGUGAUGUCAUCACCACGCUGCUGAGCUUCUCCCAGGAUGACGUCAUCAGCGUGCUGCAGAAGAGGGAGGACUGGUGGCUGGGGCAACUCAACGGGACCCAGGGCUGGUUUCCCAAACACUAUGUCACCGUGGAGACGGGCAACAGCAGCACAGAACACAUAUACUCCAGCAUGGAUGAGUUUGACUCCUCAGACAGCCAGCUGGAGGAGUACGUGGCCCUGUACACCUAUGAGAGCCCCGAGACGGGAGACUUGACGUUUGUCGAGGGGGACGUCGUCAUGGUUACGGAGCGUGAGGGCGAGUGGUGGCGUGGGUGUAUAGGAGAUAAAACAGGGGUGUUUCCCUCCAACUAUGUCAAGCCUAUGGAACCAGAGGUAACAAGACCUGGGGGUCCAACCAAGAAGCCUGAGAUUGCCCAAACCGUCACAACUGCUGUUGCCCUGACAACUGAGCAGCUGAGUCUGUCACCAGGACAACUAAUCGUAGUCCUGGCCAAGAACUCCUCCGGCUGGUGGCUGGGGGAACUGCAGGCCAGAGGUAAGAAGCGUCAAAGGGGCUGGUUCCAUUCCUCCCAUGUCAAGCUCCUAGGUCCUACCAGCGGCAAGUCAACACCUGCACCCGUACCAGUGUGCCAGGUCAUCGCCAUGUACGACUACACCGCAGCCAACCAGGACGAGAUGAGCUUCUCCAAGGGUCAGCUGAUCAGCGUGCUGGACAAAAACAACCCGGACUGGUGGAGGGGAGAGGUCAACGGGGUCACGGGCCUGCUGCCCACCAAUUACAUCAAGAUGACCACAGAGUGUGACCCUAGCCAGCAAUGGUGUGCUGACCUGAUGAGCCUGGACACCAUGACCCCCCAGGAGAGGAAGAGGCAGGGCUACAUCCAUGAGCUCAUUCAGACUGAGGAGACCUACCUGGAGGACCUGGAGCUGGUGCUGGAGGUCUUCCACAGGCCCAUGUCUGAGUCUGGUCGUCUCACAGAGGCUGAGAUGGGGGUUAUUUUCGUCAACUGGAGAGAGCUGAUAAUGUGUAACACCAAACUGCUCAAGGCGCUGCGUGUGCGAAAGAAGAUGGGAGGGGAGAACAUGCCGGUGCAGGUGAUAGGAGACCUGCUGGCCUCUGAGCUGGCCCACAUGCAGCCCUACAUCCGCUUCUGCUCCUGCCAGCUCAACGCUGCCGCCCUGCUGCAGGCCAAGACCAACAACCACCAAGACUUCAAGGACUUCCUCAAGAAAAUCGCCACCAACUACCGCUGUAAAGGAAUGCCCCUGUCUAGCUUCCUCCUCAAGCCCAUGCAGAGAAUCACCCGCUACCCACUACUCAUCAAGAAUAUCCUGGAGCACACUGCAGAGGCCCAUGUGGACCGGGGACCACUGAGGGAGGCUCUGGAGCGAGCGGAGGAGCUGUGUUCUCAGGUCAACGAGGGCGUCAGGGAGAAGGAGAACUCAGACAGGCUGGAGUGGAUCCAGUCUCACAUACAGUCUGACGGCCUCAUAGAGCACCUGGUGUUCAACUCCUUGACCAACUGCCUGGGGCCUCGGAAGCUGCUGCACAGCGGGCGUCUCCACAAGACCAAGAGCAGCAGGGAGCUGUGGGCCUUCCUCUUCAACGACUUCCUGCUCCUCACGCACACCGCCAAGCAGUUCAGCUCCUCCUCUUCCUCCUCCGACAAGCUCUUCAGCCCCAAGUCCAGCAUGCAGCUCAAGAUGUACAAGUCGCCGUUGUUUCUGAACGAGGUUCUGGUGAAGAUGCCAUCGGACCCGUCCAGCGAUGAACCGCUGUUCCACAUCUCGCACAUCGACCGCGUGUACACACUCAAGACCGAGACUAUCAAUGAGCGGACAACGUGGGUCCAGAGGAUCAAAGCUGCUUCAGAGAUUUUUAUCGAGACUGAGAAGAAAAAGAGAGAAAAAGCAUAUCAGGCACGCUCUCUCAAGUCCAGUGGGAUCGGCCGCUUGCUGGUGACCGUCACAGAGGCUCAGGAGCUCAAGGCCUGCAAGCCCAACGGUAAGAGUAACCCGUACUGUGAGCUGACCAUCGGGGCCCAGUGCUACACAUCCCGGCCGGUCAGCGACACCCUCAACCCCAAGUGGAACUUCAGCUGUCAGUUCUUCAUCAAGGACCUGUACCAGGACGUCUUGUGCAUCACUGUGUUUGAGAGAGACCAGUUUUCCCCUGAUGACUUCCUGGGCCGGACAGAGGUUCCCGUGGCGACUAUAAAGAAGGAUAUGGAAAGUAAAGGUGCAGCAAACCGUCGUCUGCUGCUGCAUGAAGUUCCCACAGGAGAGGUGUGGGUCAAACUAGACCUCCAACUCUACGAACAGACCAAAUAGAGGACACCUACAUCUGUCCAGCUCUACAAACACAACAAACAGUGAUGCAAUCCCAGUAAUGUCAUGAAAAGCUGGGGUCUUUUUU